AAGUGCCAAGCGCGGGCUCCGGGCGGGCGGGCUCGGCGGGGGUGGCACAGACCGGCUGGCCCGACCCGGCAGGAAGUCCCGCGGCUGACAGCGGCACCGGGCCCGGGCCGGGCGGGGCGGAACCGCACGUAUGUGGGGCGGCGGCCGGCCCCGCUGAGCGCCAGGCGGCCACGGGACCCGGACGCAGGGGAAGGUGGCCGAUCGGGAAGGACGGAUGGACGGAUGAAUGACUCUCACCCCCGCUAGAGACGACGGAGCUGCUCUCAGAUAAGCCGCAAGUGCCGGCAUGGAGACCCCGGCCCCGGAGGCGUCCGCGGGCGCGGCCAAGGCCGCGGGCCGGGUCAAGGCCUUCUUCGAGCAGCUGUGGGCCACGGUGCUGAGCAAGCACCGCGAGGGCGUGUACAACACGGUGUGCCUGGGCCUGGUGCUGGCCCUGCCCCUGGUCACGCUGCUGGCCCUGCUCUUCGUCUGCUGCCACUGCUGCUGGGGCCGCCCGCGGCCGGGGGACGGCCCGAAGGGCAAGUGGAGAAAGAGGAAGAAGAAGAAGGCGGAGGAAGACCUCUGGAUCUCGGCCCAGCCCAAGCUCCUGCAGCUGGAGAAGAGGCCGUCGCUGCCCGUCUAGGGGUCGGGGCCCCUGGGCCGGCCCCGGCUCCCGGCCGCCCCCACCGUCCACCGCCCCCUCCCGUGGCGACGCCCUCGCGCAGACUCGGGCCCCGGGCCCCGGCCAGGCGCGUGUCUGCGGCAGAGCCCUGAGCACUCUGGCCCGAGCAGGCGCCCAGACACCCCCGUGGAGCCGGGCCUUUGCACGGUCCGGGCCACACACCUCUCAGGUCACAUUCCUAUCCCUGGGUCUGCGGAGCCUCUCGCUGGAAAUCCCCCCCCCCCCCCCCGCGUGGGACCCCUGGUACUACCCCCCCAUCUCGACUGACAGACACACACCCGCUACCUGGGCCCCCUCCUCUAACCUGGAAGGAGGAGUCGGGAGGGGUCCAGGUUCCUUGAACGCUCCUGCCCUUCGAGACGAGGCCCGAGACUCCCCCUUCUCCCCUCAGGUACAGCGCCCCCCUGCUCUCGGCGAAUGAAGGUGUGGCCUCCAAGGGCCCAGAAGUCCCUGGGGACCCCCUUCUGGAAGGGGUCCUGGGCGCUAGUGCAGGAGGCAGUGGUGGCCGUGUCAGGGCGAGUUGCUGCCGAUAUGUAGAAGUUCCUGGUGGCACAGGGGCGGGGGGGGGGGAGGGAAGCAGGCUCGGGGGCCCGGGGCCUCUGUGGAGGCCACUGGCACUGCAGGGGUUAACUCAUACCUCAUAGCGGCCCUCCAGUGGGGGAGCUCAGAGGCCCCCACCCCCCCCAGUGAUGCCCCCCCCCGAAGAAGCUGGUGCGGAACCCCCACGGGCGACUGGGGUCAAUGGGCACGGCUGAGCCCAGGACUCCAGGUGGCCUUUGGAAUGCCACCCGCUGGGGGCCGCCCCCUCCAGCUGUGUUGGGGGGGCGAGGGGGGCGCCUCAGAACUCAGGGUCACGGGGUGGGGGGGCCCAGAGGCCAGCUGUUCGUUCCCGCCCUCCACCCUCCUCCCCCUGUCUCUCCCCCCCUCCCCGGCCCCCCCCAAUGGGGAGCCCGGCACGUGUCAAUCCAGAUCCCGGGGGCCCACGCGGCACACAUGGUUGCCAUGGCAACAGGCUGGCGUGGGGAUGGAGACCCAAGCCAGCUGUCAGCACGCCAGGUGGGGGGCAUGACGGGCGGGGGGCACAGCGCCCCCCACUCCCGCCCCCCCGCCACAGUCUUUGGGGGGGUCUGGGAGACCCUGAGUGGGGGUCUCUUCUCCCCCACCCCAGCUCCCCUGACCUCCCUCUCGGCUGCACGUUCUGGUUGAGUAUCUGGACCAGGAGGCAUCCAAGGCUGUUUUUUUUACUUUUUUUUGGGGGGGGGUGGUCCUCACGAAUCACCCCACCCGUCUCCUCUCCCUCCCUGCCUCCACGUGGCUCCGUCCGACAUUUUUUCCCUCCCUCCUCCCCACAGUACCCUCCCCAGGGCUCUGUCUUGGGGUCAGAGGACCCACAACUGUGAGGGGGUCUCCUAAGCCAGCACGGGGGGAUCUGAGCAGCGCCCCAGUGGGGAAAGGGCCAGGCCCACCACUCGGGGCUCUCCACUGGGGACCCCCCCCUGCCCCGGGGCCGGGGAAGAGGCAGAGAGGGGGCCCACCUCAGCCUCAAGAACAGACAUGGUCAAAGUUGUAUAGUAUUUGUCAGUAUUUUUCCUACUGCUGGACCCACAGAAGAAAAUAAAGAAUAUAUUUAAAUAAAGUUCUUUGAGAAGAAGCA